GAAUGGUAUAGAUCUUUAUUUUAGACAUUUUUACCUUUUAUAGCAAUCUUUUUGUUUGUCAACAAAAUUCAACUUCUCGCCUAAUCAGUUGCGCGUUAUACGUUUUUGGUAGAGAAGUUCAAAAAAUGGAGGCCAGAAGCGCCAGUAGUGGUGGAGAGGACGAAGUGUUCCGUGACCUUGGAGUGGAAACAGGAUCAGUUCGGGUUCCUACAGGACCACGUGCUGUACAGAAUUGAGAUGAAGAAGAAGCUACCGCCAUGGGUGGUGGUCUACAGCGGAGGAAAGACGACGAAAAUGAUCGACUACCUCCCACCGUGUCACCCCCACGUCUUCAGACUGAAAGUCAUACUCAAAUCAACUGCAGUGCCUCUUCUUGCCGAAAAGGCGGUACAAUUUCAUGGUGACAAAAAUACUGUGUAUAAAAAAAUGAAGGCCCAAGAUGAAGGGGAGAGAAAUGCAUUUACAAAUGAUAAAAAUGAUAACGAGGAUACGGAUUUUGGAAGGAAACUGGAAGGGGGUGGAGAUUCAAAAGUGAAAAGUCAAAGGAUAGAAGUGAACCACCCCUGGCUCGAGUCCCGGGUCUCCGAGGAGACCUGGACCAGCACUGAGCCCGCCGGGUCCUCCGCCGUGUGCUUCUACAUGGCCGUCAGCUGCGGGUACAUUAAGCAGGUGCAAACGAUGCUGGAAGAGCGGCCCGAGCUGAUCGGCAUUGUCAACCCCGCCAACGGGUUCACACCCCUCGCCGGUGCCGUCAAGAAAGGUGACCUAAACACUGUGAAGUUUCUCCUGUCUUCUGGAGCCGAAGUGGAACAGCGCUCGGCUGCGGGUCAGACUCCACUACACCUGGCUGUUCUAGCUGCCGACAUUCCAAUGGCGGGUCUGCUGCUAGACCAUGGUGCUGAUGUCAAGACUCGAGACGUGAACCAACUCCGCGCAGAACACUACGCGGUCGACUCCGGCAGCGUUGAGAUGUUGGCGUUCGUGCUGGACCGCGGGGGUCACCUGGAUGUGGCUGACAGCAACGGCUGGACGCCGCUCUUCAGAGCUUUAACCCAGAACGGACGAACAGACAUGAUCAGCGAGCUGGUGGCUAGAGGCAGUGACGUCACCAUCUCGGACGCGGCGGGGCUGCCGCUGGCGUCUGUUGCGAGGCUGCUGACCAACCGACACGGUCGCCCCAGGGACUCAGUCCUGCGCGUCGUGGACCCUAACUUCCCGCAUGAGCGAGCCCUCGCCAUCUUCACCAGGCUCACCAAGAAGAUUCACCACGUACAUACUGUCUUUAAGUGAAAAAUAUGAAGUAUUCGCUGUUGACCCCGACCCCGCAUUUAAUAUCCAUAAAAAUUAACUUUCUAUGUUAUUCCAAUGUCUAAGCAAAAGUUUCAUAAAAAUACAUUUAGUAGUUUUGGCGUGAAUCAAUAACACGUCCUUACAAACUUUUGCAUUUAUAAUACUAGCGAUCCCGUGGGAAUUUA